GUUAAAGGUGAGGAAUGCGCUGGCAAACCAACUGAGCUCUCAGCACGUCUCUGGUUCAAUACCACUAACCUUCUGUGGGAGUGACAUAAGUCAAGGUCUCUCUCUCUGCCUCUCUCCCACAAACAGCUGAUAGGACCCCAUAUCUCGAUUGAUUUCCCAAUGUCCAUGCUUCAACACACAGCCACAGCUUAUAAAAGGAGCACCAACGCAUUAAAGCUCAGCCAUCACAGUUGUCAUUCUCAAUCCUGCAAACGCACAAGAGGACGGUGUGAAUUGGCAGGGCCAGGAUGCAGACAGCUUUACGCGUGCUGUGUGCGGUUCUCUGUGUGACCGGGGUCCUCUCUUCUCCACUAAAGGCGGUUCAGAGCGGUGUAAAGCUGGCGUCUAUGGACGAGGUGAGCGUUCUCAUGUACGGUGUGCUGCAGUUCAGCGAAUCCCUGCAUCACAUCUACCAGAGCACUGAGGCAAAGCUGGAGCGUGUGAUGAAAGCCAUCAGCCGAACCGAGAGCGAGGUCAAGAAGCUGGGUCUCGACACAGAGGAGGCUGUUCAAACCGAGCGUCAGAUCAAAGAGAAACUCAAGCUUAUUCAGGCUCAAAUGGAAAGUCUACAGGUCCAAGCCCAAGAGAACAAAGGCAUGGUCACCAGGGUGGAGCAGGAAGACGCGGAGCUAAAGAAAAAACUAACAGAUCUGGAAGAAAACUUAAACGGCUCUUUGCCAGACAAGAUCAAGGAUAAGACAGUUAAAAACACGACUCUUUUGAAGGAUCUGAUGAAGUGGGCAGAGGAACAGAAAAUCAAAUUGAAGAAUCAGACCCAGCAGCUGGCUGAGUUACAGAAACAGAAUGUGGUGUAACCGCUAAAGACAUUCCUGUAUGUCACCUGACUGUUUACCUGCGAGGAGAAGGAACUGUGAACUUCAUCGACACUCCAUUUAUGGCACUACAAACAAACUACUUCAUAUCUGCCAAUAAUUUCACAUUAACAUUGAGACUUAUUCAUGAC